AAAUAAAAAAUUCACCGUCUAUUGUGGGGUUUCGUUAGUAUAGUGAUUAGUGUCUGGACUUGUUUUUCUUUUCGCUUCGCGUUUCAGAAAGGAUUUCCUGGUUUAACGUGAAAAUAGCCACUGUUUAAACUAUAAUGGCGUUAAAUUUGAAAGUGAAAGUACACCCCGUUGUGUUGUUUCAAAUCGUGGAUGCGUAUGAACGUAGGAAUGUCGAUGCCCAUCGAGUAAUUGGAACAUUGAUGGGUACGGUCGACAAAGGUGUAGUUGAAGUGACCAAUUCUUUUGGUGUCCCUCAUAAAGAAUAUGAAGACACUGUUGAAGCUGAUAUUGUAUAUGCGGCAGAUAUGUUCAAAAUGAAUCAAAAGGUCAAUAGAUCUGAACAAAUUGUUGGAUGGUGGGCUACAGGUAAUGAGGUAACUACACAUUCAUCAACCAUACAUGAGUAUUACUUGAUGGAAUGUAACAAUCCAGUACACAUCACUUUGGAUACAACAUUAAAAAACGAUAAUAUGGGUUUGAAAGCAUACGUUAGUACUCAAAUUGGUGUUCCUGGAGGCAAAACUGGGAAUAUGUUUAUUAAUGUACCAAUUGAAGUUACAUGCUAUCAACCUGAAACAGUUGGACUAAGCUUGUGCCAGAAAACUGUAGCUGUUGGACAAAAAUGUCAAGAACCAAUCGCUGAGCUGGUACAAAUUGAAGAGGCAUCAUCUAAAAUCUCAGAUCUAUUGGAGGUAGUUUUAUCUUACAUUGAUAAAGUGUUGGCAUCGAGUGACUGUAAUGCAGCUGACAACAGUCACAUUGGUCGUAUAUUGCUUGACCUGAUGCACAGUGUACCUCAUGUGACACCUGAUCGAUUUGAAGAAAUGUUCAAUUCCAAUGUUAAGGAUUUGUUGAUGGUUAUCACUUUAUCUCAACUGACCAAGACCCAAUUAGAGCUCAACGAAAAACUCACAUUACUCAGUUUGUCAUAAAUAUACCAAGUUUACCAUAACAGUCCGAAACGAAAACAGCAUUCUAUAAUCAUUAGUUAUGCAUAAUUUAGGCAAUUUAUGCCAUAAUGGAAUAAUUUUUAUGAAGAUUAUAAGUAUAUUUGAGAAUAUAUUGUGUUCUUAAAACAUUC